ACUGGAGUCGUCGCUCUUUUGACCGGCAUCCCAGUCUCGUCUUGUCUUGUCUAUACAGCAGAACUAUGAAAUCAGUACAAUUGUUCCUGUGUAGUUUAGGACUGGCGUUACUCUUUCUCGGCACCACGACGGAAUGGCAACGGCGCCUUCCAGACUUUUUGCGGCUCCCGGGGGAAGCGCAAGCACACCGUCGCGUCCAAACGGGUAGUACGGCUUCGACUCCGCCCGGGCCCACCGCGCCGACCCCCGCAAUCCGCAAACCGUCCGUCGGGAGUCCCACGUCUCCGACUCCGGUGGUGACCACAGUCCCCGGCGGGACGACCCAGACUCUUGCACAAAACCAAACGACUCCCGAACAAGCGACUCCCACGUCACUCCCGACGGAAUCACCGGCGCCGUCGCCUUCACCGUCGGACGUACCCACUGCCAAGCCUACCAUCACGCCCAUGCCCACCGACAAGCCCACGGCGUCGCCGACCGAGUCUCCCGCCCCGUCCCCUUCGCCGUCGUCGAUCCCCACCGUGGCACCGACCGAAUCUCCGUCGAACGCUCCCUCGCAAGCGCCCACCACGUCGCCGGCACCGACCCAAGCGCCUUCGACUGCUCCCAGUACGGCGCCCUCGUCUCCUCCGACCGACGUACCCAGUGCGCAUCCCACCGUUUCGGUACAACCCAGUUUCCGUCCCAGUCGGUCUCCGUCGGAUCAACCCAGUAAUACUCCCACCGUGUCGCUGGCGCCGUCCGCAUUGCCUAGUCUCGCACCCAGUAUCAGUCAACGACCGUCGCAAGCCCCGUCUUAUAUUAGUGCACAACAAGCCAUUGUCAACGUGACGCUUGAUCUCAACGCGCUCUUGACCAACGCACAGAUCGAAGCCUUGGAAGCGGCUACCAUUGUCUACAUGGAACAAGAGGCCGUUCCGGGAGGCUACCUCGAACAGGCGACUGUCAACGUCAUUGCUCAGCAAACGCGUCAACCAACUCCCUUUGGUCGAAGCCGUCGGGCUCUCCAGGAAUAUACCGUUCUGGAAUUGGCACUGGAUGUGGCCGCAACCUACACGGGAUCGGCAGUCGACUUUGAUCUGGGUCUCUAUAUGGCCUCCCGGUUGGAUCCACCCAAUCCCGUAUGGAUUCAUUUGUUGGGCAACGAAGACACUAUUUUCUUGCCUUUGCGUCCCCCCACGCCGGUAGGGACCCGCAACGUUACUACCAGUCGAGAAGAAAGUGCCGAGACACCCUCGGGCAUGACCAAAGGCACUUACGCCGUGGUCAUUCUCACGGCUCUGGCGGCACUAGCCCUCGGCGCAGUCUCCAGUGUCUAUGCGGUCCGACAGCAUCGACUCGAAACCUUGGGGACGGAACUCAAGAGUCCCCGGAUGGUCGCCAACGCCACGACGUGGAAUACGGCCGAUAGAAGAAUCGGGGGAGAACUAGGAGGAAAAAGUAGAAGAAGACCAGUCUUGCCCCUGGGACUCGACUCGUUGUGUGCGACCGAUACCGUGGACCAUGAAAGCUACUCCCGAGCCACCUCGACUGUCCCGUCUCCCAUGGAAAAGGCACAGGCGUCCGUGUUUCGACAUACCGAUCCGCCCGUCCGGAGGAUGAGUCCGCGGGAAUCGUCCGAAAUUGACUUUGGCCGGAACCGGGCCCUCUUGGAUCAGGAUGAUUCCCUACUGUCCGGAUCGUAUGGUGACAGUCGCAUUUCGGCACGUCCGCCUCCCCCACACCAAACCACGGGUCGGUACCCCGGGGCCGCGGCACAUUUUCCCCAUUUCCAACCACAACGAACACACCAUGCCGAUUUGGAUCAGGAAAUUCUUUUGACGAAAAGCGUGGGUGGUACUUUGGGUGCCAAGGCUGUGGACGAUGACAAGGCCAGUGCGUCGGAUUUUUCGUCACAGGCCAAGUUCUAUUUGAGUCGACUCUUGGGAACCAACACAGCGUCCGGUCCACUUUCACAAGCAUCAAGUCGCGACCACGGGACGACGAUUCAAAAGACGGUGUCGUACGAUUCGGUAUUGCGUCGACCGGGGUUGUACGAUGUCUUUGCCCCACCCGGUCCCAUUGGUAUCGUCGUCGACACGACCAAGGAUGGUCCAGCCGUGCACGCUCUGAAGACGACCUCACCCAUGUUGGGAUUGAUUCAACCAGGCGAUUUGAUUGUCGGUUUGGACGAUCAGGAUACCCGCAGCAUGACGGCCGCGACUCUGACGCGCCUCAUGGCGGCGAAAGCCCAGGAGCACGAGCGUAAAAUUACGUUGCUUACGAACGAGCAUGUUCAAACAGCCUAUCCUUUGUACUAA